AAAGCUGCAGGACUGGUGCGAUGGGAGUUGAGACGUAAGAACCUGCCCGCCCGUAGGGCUCUGGAUGCUGCUGAGGCCCGAGGCCCCUAUGGCAGAUGUGAAAAUUCACCCUUGUAGAGUCAUUCCUGCCUUUGAGCGGACUCCCUUUUAAGUUUACAGAAGCACUUGCAGAACUCAUCAGAAGCCACCCCGCUUAUCAGCAGAUCUCAAGAGAGCGUCCGGUGGAGGCCCUGGGUCUGCACAGCUCACCUCCCUGGGAACUGCUCGCCCGAGCGUUGGAGCCGGCGCUGGCCCCUGCAGCCGGAAGGUUGCAGCCGCAGGAGCCCCGGAGGCCCAGGACACAGGGCUCUUACUCUUACAGAAUCCACAGGUCUUUCUUGAGGAAAUCUGUAGACAGAACUUUGUGCUGCGUUUUUACCUAGGGAAGGAACAGAAGAGUGUCGUCUCCUAGAAAUCUAGCACUGGAGAAACGAGGAAAAUUCUUCCAGCGAUGGUCUCCCACUCAGAGCUGAGGAAGGUUUUCUACUCAGCAGAUGCUGUGUGUUUUGAUGUUGACAGCACGGUCAUCAGAGAAGAAGGAAUCGAUGAGCUAGCCAAAAUCUGUGGCGUUGAGGACGCGGUGUCAGAAAUGACACGGCGAGCCAUGGGCGGGGCAGUGCCUUUCAAAGCUGCUCUCACAGAGCGCUUAGCCCUCAUCCAGCCCUCCAGGGAGCAGGUGCAGAGACUCAUAGCAGAGCAACCCCCCCACCUGACCCCCGGCAUAAGGGAGCUGGUAAGUCGCCUACAGGAGCGAAAUGUUCAGGUUUUCCUAAUAUCUGGUGGCUUUAGGAGUAUUGUAGAGCAUGUUGCUUCAAAGCUCAAUAUCCCAGCAACCAAUGUAUUUGCCAAUAGGCUGAAAUUCUACUUUAACGGUGAAUAUGCAGGUUUUGAUGAGACGCAGCCAACAGCUGAAUCUGGUGGAAAAGGAAAAGUGAUUAAACUUUUAAAGGAAAAAUUUCAUUUUAAGAAAAUAAUCAUGAUUGGAGAUGGUGCCACAGAUAUGGAAGCCUGUCCUCCUGCUGAUGCUUUCAUUGGAUUUGGAGGAAAUGUGAUCAGGCAACAAGUCAAGGAUAACGCCAAAUGGUAUAUCACUGAUUUUGUAGAGCUGCUGGGAGAACUGGAAGAAUAACAUCCAUUGUCGUACAGCUCCAAACAACUUCAGAUGAAUUUUUACAAGUUAUACAGAUUGAUACUGUUUGCUUACAAUUGCCUAUUACAACUUGCUAUAGAAAGUCGGUACAGAUGAUCUGUACUUUAAACUACAGUUAGGAAUCCUAGAAGAUUGCUUUUUUUUUUUUUUAACUGUAGUUCCAGUAUUAUAUGAUGACUAUUGAUUUCCUGGAGAGGUUUUUUUUUUUUUUUUUUUUUUGAGACAGAAUCUCGCUCUGUUGCCCAGGCUGGAGUGCAGUGGCGCGGUCUCGGCUCACUGCAAGCUCUGCCUCCCAGGUUCACGCCAUUCUCCUGCCUCAGCCUCCCAAGUAGCUGGGACUACAGGCGCCCGCCACCACACCCGGCUAAUUUUUUGUAUUUUUAGUAGAGACGGGGUUUCACCAUGUUAGCCAGGAUGGUCUUGAUCUCCUGACCUUGUGAUCCGCCUGCCUCAGCCUCCCAAAGUGCUGGGAUUACAGGCUUGGGCCACCGCGCCCAGCCAAUGUCCUGGAGAGUUUUGUAAUCUGAAUUCUUUAUGUAUAUUCGUAGCUAUAUUUCAUACAAAGUGCUUUAAGUGUGGAGAGUCAAUUAAACACCUUUACUCUUAGAAAUACGGAUUCGGCAGCCUUCAGUGAAUAUUGGUUUCUCUUUGGUAUGUCAAUAAAAGUUUAUCCAUAUGUCAGAA